AUGGCGGAUGACAAGGAUCCCUUAAAGCAAUUGAAGGACCUAACGCGACUUAAAGAUCAACUUGAAGAGAUCCGAUUAAGAGUUGAGGGCGAUAUUGCGUCAGGUGCCCCUCAAGAAGGCUCUGUGCUUGCUUCUCCAAUACUCAAGGGAUUUCUAGCUGGUUAUGUGGUGGCCAAACUCCGCUCCUCUGCUAUUCUGGGAGUGCUGCUGGGGACUGUCACGGUAGCCAAUGGGAAAGGUUUCAUGGAAGGGUACACACUAAUAGUUUGGACCAUCAUCGCGGGACAAGCGGUCAAUGGCCUCCUGAUGUCCGUGGUGCUAAAACAUGGCACUGGAAUCACCAGACUGUUUGUGAUCUCGUGCUCUAUGCUUGUGAAUGCGCUCAUGUCGUGGGCUGUUUUAGGACUGCAAAUUACUCCAAUAUUCCUGCUUCCUGUAACUAUGAUCGGACUGGCAGCCUAUCUUUACUACAGCUAA